ACGCUUUCAUGGGUUGCCAGGCGAUUGGCGAUUGUGAGGAGGCCAGAGGUCAGUUAGAGAAGGUUGCCAUGGAAAUGUGCAGUGAACUACAGUUACCUGUGAGGCUAGUUCGGAUUCCAGCCUCAGAACUGCAUCUGGGAGAAGCGUACAGAAGUGAAGUACAGAUGUGGUCAGAGCCUUUCCAACAGUAUAUACAGAUAGGCCAUGUGUCUGUUCUUGGUGACUUCACCAGCCGUAGACUCAACAUCCACACCGUGGACCAAUCAGGAGGCCCCACACAUAUGGCUAUGGUGAGAACAAAAUGGAAUCUUGAUUUGAUGUCUCUGAUCACAAGGUUCAAAUGA